GUAGGUGGAGUCUCAGGGAGAUUCCCCUUUGCCACAAGGACCGCGCAGUACUGUAGGAGUCAGCCGAUACCACCAUCAUCCGUGCAGCGCCGUGCCAUUCUGUGACACGCUGGGGACCAGAAAUCCACGCUUCCUCUUCUCCACACUCAUGCAAGUCUCUUUGGAGUUGGUGCUCUGCUUUUGGCUCUUGCUGUUAUGCUCUGGUUACUUGGAAACCAUAUUGCAGAGUCAAAACUGUCUGUGGCGCUCCGAGAUACACUGGCCGCAUUCGAAAUCGUUCACACUCCCUGUGAUGCUCUUUCAGUGAACCCUGAGCUGGAAUGCUUGGUCGAGACCCCCCUUGAACGGGCCCCGUUGAGGCUCAGAUGCUUUUCUGCCUACGGACCCCAGCCCCCCCACCUCUCUCUCUCGUGUUGCGACUCCUUCUUUCGACUGCCCCUGUUAUCCAGUUCUGUGUCACAUGAACUCCAAACAGAGCACUCAUUGGAUGGCUGCACAUGCUUGGUCCUCAGUAGCGUUCCUCUUCCUCAAACCAACAACUAAGUGUUCAGAUGCAGAGAGGCCAAAUCGCCUGCCCAGCUUCAGAUUUGGGGAUUCCUCCUACGCUUGGUGGUGGCGUCCUGUGAACCAUUCUCCCGGCUGUGCCGUUAUCUGGGUUACGUGUGUUGUUUGUGGCCGUGUGAGGCAUCUCUAGGGUUUUGUUUUAAACCCCCCCCACCACCACCACCACCAGAGAGUGCUGGGAUAGCAACCCGAGGUUUUAAGAGGACAGAUAAGGUGCUCUGUUGUCAGGGUAAUGAGAUUUGGCCUGAGUAGUGCCUAGUCUAUCUGCAUUGUCCUCCCCUAACACAGCGCCUGGCAAAGAAUGCCAGGACAUCAGCCGGCCCCGGGGUCAGUGUUUUUUUUCAAAGCCCUCCGCUGAAGACCAGCGCGCUGUUUCCGCUCCUGCUCGCCCCCCGGGUGGGAAGCCAGGGGAUGGGGUGCGUUCUUGGCUCUCGUUUUUCUACAAGGCACAUGUGGAGCUGCUUUACUCAGAGGAGCGGCAGCCCAAAAAGUGGGACAGACGUCCUGUCGUUUUAUUGUACUACAACUUAAUGAGGGAGCCGCACCCCCCCCCCCUUCCCAAAGUGCGCACACCCAGAAGAGCAGAAGACGGAAUGGGACGGCGACCAGGAUAAGCUCAUCAACGCAAUCUCUGUCAUCCUGCAUUAACUAGGCUUUAGGAGAGCCUUUGCUCGUCACCUCUGUGUGUGUGUGUGUGUGUGUGUGUGUGUGUGAAAAGAGGAGGAGAAAGGGAGAGAGAGAGGGAGGGAGAGUGAGAGAGCGCAGCAAAUGCUCAACCCCCCAGGCUGCCAGCAGAGACACUGUUAUCAGUGACUAGCCUGCGGAUAACAGUGAAGAGCGAGGCUUUUCUCGUCUCUGGGACAAAUGACAGGGUGUCAGACUUGAUCCCUGCACCUGAAGCACACCUGAAGCAAGGUUCGGGGACACAGACUCCUCCCCUUCAAGAAGAGGAUCCAAGACCCCUGGCUGGACGAAUUAACACAGGAAGAUGCAUCUGGUGGUAGAGCCCUCCCAGAAGAGCAUGCUGAAGAUGCUGCCCUACUUUAUGGAGAACGCAGUGCUGACUCAGAAGGAGAUCUGCCGAAUCCUGAGUGAGAGCUUCUUCAUGGUGAAGGGGGCCGCCCUCUUCCUGCAGCAGGGGAGCAGCACCCAGGGCCAGAAGGCACACCCCCACCACAAGCAUGCAGGCGAUUUACCUCAGCACCUGCAGGUGAUGAUCAACAUUCUUCGCUCUGAAGACCGUAUUAAGCUUGCGGUACGUUUGGAGAGUGCCUGGUCCGACCGAGUGCGGUACAUGGUGGUGGUCUACACCAGCGGUCGCCAGGAUACCGAGGAGAACAUCUUGCUGGGGAUGGACUUCACCAACAAGGACAGUAAGUGCUGCUCCAUUGGGAUGGUUCUUCCGUUGUGGAGCGACACCAAAAUCCAUCUUGAUGGGGACGGGGGUUUCAGUGUGACCACAGCAGGACGGACACACAUCUUUAAGCCAGUGUCUGUCCAGGCCAUGUGGUCAGCGCUGCAGAUCCUCCACAAGGCGUGCGAGGUAUCGCGCAGGUACAACUACUUCCCUGGCGGCAUGGCGCUCACCUGGAUGAGCUACUACGAGAGCUGCAUCUCGUCCGAGCAGAGCUGUAUAAACGAGUGGAACGCCAUGCAGGACCUGGAGACCACUCGGCCAGACUCGCCUGCCAUGUUUGUCGACAAGCCAACGGAACGAGAACGGACCGAGUGCCUUAUCAAAGCCAAACUCCGGAGCAUCAUGAUGUUCCAGGACUUGGAGAAUGUCACCUCCAAAGAGAUCCGGAAUGAACUGGAGCAGCACAUGAACUGCAACCUGAAAGAGUACAAAGAAUUUAUUGACAAUGAGAUGCUCUUCAUCCUUGGGCAAAUGGACAAGGCCACACUCAUUUUCGACCACCUCUACCUGGGAUCCGAGUGGAACGCUUCCAACCUUGAGGAACUCCAGGACUCAGGGGUGGGAUAUAUCCUGAACGUCACUCGGGAAAUCGACAACUUCUUCCCGGGCACAUUCGCCUACUACAACAUCCGCGUGUAUGAUGACGAGACCACGGAUCUGCUGGCCCACUGGAACGAGACCUAUAACUUCAUCGUGAAAGCGAAGAAAAACCACUCCAAGUGCCUGGUGCACUGUAAGAUGGGCGUGAGCCGCUCCGCCUCCACGGUGAUCGCCUACGCCAUGAAGGAGUAUGGCUGGUCGCUGGAGAAGGCAUACAACUUCGUCAAGCAGAAGCGGAGCAUCACCCGGCCCAAUGCCGGCUUCAUGAGGCAGCUGGCUGAGUACGAGGGCAUCCUGGAUGCCAGCAAACAGCGACACAACAAGCUGUGGCGACCCGACCCAGAUUCUGAGCUCACCGAGGGACAGCCAGCCUCGGCGCCAGAGGACGUCACCCCCGAGCCGGGCUUUGUGCCCGGCAAUGAGGCCUGGGGUGGGGAGGGUGCUGGAGUCUCCCCCUGCCGUACAGUCGGCCUGGAGGUGGACCCGUCAGACCCGCCCAAUUACAACUACUAUUUCCGGAGGCUGUCGGACUCGGCGCUGGACAGCGACCCAUCCACACCUGUGCGGGCACCGCCCCUGCUGGAGGCAGAGCGCGUCUUCAUCGCCAUCGAGGACGUGGAGCGUGACGCGCUGCUGGACGACGGUGGUUUCGAGGCUCGCGAGUGCCCCUUGGCCCAUUUCGCCCUGCCCGGCGAGGGGACCGCGGCGCAGACGUACGGCCGGCCCGAGCCCCUGGAGGAGCUCCGCCUGCGGCUGGAGUUCAGCACCGUGGAGGAGGAGGACGAGGAGGAAGCGCAGAAGGAGGAGGCGGAGAUGGAGGCGCUGGCCCGGCCCAGGGGCGUAGUGGGUGGCUUGCAGGAGGCCAUGUCUGAGGAAGAGGCCCGGCUGUGCUCAGCCUCCCUGGUGGGCCAGUUGAACCGCUUCAACGAGAACAGCAACAACAACAACAACAGCCUCGGCGCCAAGUGUAGCUUUGAUGACGCUAUUGGCGACAGGAGCCCUAACAAGCUGAAGCCCUCAUGCCAGCCGAGCGACGCCUCCACGCUGCUUCACCCCGGUCUGUAUGCGGGCACCCUGGCUGUGGACCGCGCCCACAUCCUUAGCCCUGCGUGCGACUCGUUCACCGCCUCCAUAGUGUCCCCCCUGCCUAUGCUGCCACAGCCUAGUGUCAGCCCCACCCACACGCCGCCGUCGCCCAUGGCCUGUGAGGACCCGCGGCUUGAACUAGAUUCUCCUCUGGACACAAGUGAGCCGCCGGCGAAGGAUGGGUGGGAUGGGGUUGUGUCCCCAGGGGGCACCAUUACGAGUUUGGCCAUGCUGAAGCUCAACCUGGAAGUUGGAUUGCCGGCAGCCACUCCAGGGUACCUGACUAGUCACCAGGGGGCGCUGCUGCAGCUGCAGACAACCGGCCUAGUUCGCCGGCAUACUGAGCGGUUGGAGAAGCUUGUGGGCCUCUCGGUGGAUGGCCUGCACCCCGGGGGGGCGCUCACAGUCCCAGAGCAGAUGGACACCUCCUCAGAGGAUGCCGUGGAGGACAUGGAGGUGGACCUGGGCCUCUCGCCGGAGGCUGACGCACGGGCACCCUCACCCCUGCCGGGGCCUUCGGGGGAGGCCCUUAAGGGCGUGUCGACACCCACGUCCUCGCCGCUGACACGCAGCUCCAGCAGCGACAGCCUGCGCAGUGUCCGCGGCAAGCCGGGCCUGGUGCGGCAGCGCACACAGGAGAUUGAGGCGCGCAUGCGGCUGGCUGGCCUCACUGUCCCCUCACACCUCAAGCGCUCCAGCUCCCUGGCUAAGCUGGGCGGCCUCACCUUCUCGGAGGAGGACCUCUCCUCUUCCUGCUCCCCCUCCGACACCAGUGCCCCGCUCCUCUCACCAGAGCCUGGAGGCAGCUGGGACUGGCAGCGGGACCAGGCCAUCCUGGAAAAGGAGGUGGCGCUCACGAGUCUGCCACUAAUGAGCCCAAGGAGCUGACAGAACGAGGGUCACCUGACCUUUGACCCCAGCUGAAAUCAGUCAGACAGGCUUGUGUAAGCGAUAAUAAUGGGGACCUCUAGGUCCCAAACUGUAACAUAUGUACAUAGAUAUACAGUAUAUAUAUAAAUAUAUUAAAAUAUAUGUAUAUUAAUAUAACGCCACAUCAUAUUUAUGAAGAAUCCAAAUAUUAUCACUUGAUGAUUUCUGGGUUCAGAUUCUGCUUGCUUGAGCUCAAUGAAUGUGUGUGCAGGUUAACUGGAUGACCCAUUCAUAAGAGGCAAAAAAUUGGGUUAAAUAGGGGUCAAAUGAGUACAGCGAUUCCCCUAUGACAAACAGACAGCAGCUUUUGAAAUCUGGUUGUGUAUCUUGUUGAAUGUUCGUCGUUGCUUCACCCAGCGAUCUGUAUCCCACCCCCCACCCAGCUCGAGGUAUGAAACAUAUUUGUGUGAGCCGCGUAAAACAUAGGCAGCCCGACGCACUGGUGUGUUUUGACGUACAAUAUGACACGCUGAACAGCUGGGAUAUGCCUUCGGACAGACAGCAAAAUACAAUCAGAGUAACUUUCUGGAGGCUUUUGUGAGAAAUGGGAAAAUCUUGAGUGUCUUUUACAUUCCCCAUCUCUCUCUACCUAAAAGUAGCCUUUAAGUGGUUUGAGCCACUUUGUUUUAUUUGCAAAACUAUAAACAAAACCCUUACAGUAGAACAACUGGACUGUUAUGUGCAGUGGGGAGCAGUUGCACUAAAUUAGCUACUGGACUGUUACAUCUGUUUCUUGGCCUGUUUCCCUGAAUAUACAUACCACUAAGUUCAAAUGUUAAAUGAUCGACUGGUGAAAGCAAUAACUCUCUCCCUGUCCUUGUGACGCUGCGCUCUAGGAGACAGGUGACCUUAUAACACCCCCUACUGGCCGGCUAUAGUAAGAGUGCACUCUCCCUCACAUACCGCUCUCCAUAAAAACUAAUAUUUAAAACUAGUUUUACAUAUGUGUUAAUCAUUUCUUUUGAUUUCUUUGCCCUAAAAACAAAAUGAAUCAUGUAACUCACGUAUGAAUUGUUUUAUUUUCCUUAAGCUACUUCCUCCACUAAAGUUUCUGAAUGUCUGUCUAGUGACGUCAACCAAGGUGCUGACGGAUUGUUUCCGAAGUAACAAAGAGCAGUGCUGCUUGAUUCUGGGGGGGCUGAACAGCAGGAUCCCAGUGUGCACAUAGUGAGAUCACACAGAGACCUGCUAAAAACAUUAGGAAUGGUGUGUUUUUGUGCCUACAGUGGAGUGGAAUAAAAUACCACUAAAAGAGAACAAAUAAUCAAGGCGAAUCUUCAGGUUCCACAACCAAGCCAUAGAAGCUCAUUUAACCACAUGUUGCUUCUUGAGUUACCUCGUUUUGUUUGUUUGGUUGUUUGUUUUAAUUGCUUGUGUCAGGAGCUCACAAGCCAUUCUGAAGGAUGUCUUUGAAGAUUAUUUGUUCUAUAUUUUGAUAGAAAAUGACAGCGGAAAAAAUAGAGACGUGGACAAUGGAUUUUUAUACAGGCAAAUGUGGGUAAGUUCCCAUAUUGCUCUGCAUCGUGUGAUGUGAUGGGGGAUGGUGGUUGCUUGUAUUGCAUUGCUUGGUGUCCAUGCCCACCUAUGUUCCGACACCCCCCUCCAAAUUAUUUUUUUCUCAGUCUUUGCUUUGAAGUGAUAACUUUCUACCUCUUUGAUUUACAGCGUCAAUGGGCUGUUCAUUUGUAGGGUUUAUCGUUUUCUUUCUAAAGAGGACUGAAGUUGGCAUAUACAACAGUCUAACAUCAGCUAAGUUGAUUGUAAUGUGAUCAUAGAACUCAGGCUUGGGUACAUAAGGACCUAAAAAAAUCUCCCUUCUCCAUUUUUUUGUUUGUUUGUUUGUUUUCUGAGCAUUCCUACGGUUUUCAUUCGGAGGUGGUUCCUCUGAGGUGUGAAGUUCAAGCCAAGCUGUCGUCUAUAUUGUGUCUUGGUGCAACUGCUGGAAUUCGGCAGAUUGUCUAAACUGGCAGGCUGCUUCCUAAGAUACACUUGUCUGUUUUUCCCACAAGGCCCGACUGUGAACAUGUUGCGAUCUGGACCUGGGCUCUUGAAUGGAACACUGAAAAAUGCUGCCAAUGGCCCUCGCGUGAUCUUUUAAAAUUCUGCAGGCCUGUGGGAAUGCAAACGUCGGAGGCAACGUCGAUGUCAAACGGACCAGCUAGGCUUCAAAAUGCCAUACAGCAGCCAGAGAUGCUCUCCCCCUGUUUGGAUAUGAAGUGCACCAACUGUGUUUCAUUCCAUUCCAAAGGCACGCUAGUAACUGAAGGUGCCAACCGUACUUGGGCUGUACUGGGUUGGGUCCUGUGUCUGGGGUAGCGAGGUUCAUGACUCCAUCUCCUGCAAUAGCUGGUACUCUGCCUACUCUGGCCCAUCAGGUCUGAUGCCAUGGGACAAAAUUUGUUCACAAGUUCCAUUUUUGAGAAGACAACCUAUGUUUCCUUGCAAAAGUUUACAUCUGCUGUUAAAGCUCUGUUUGAGGGUUUAACAAGGGUUUCCUGUCCACGUUUGUUAAUGUCACAGGUGCUUAUAAAUCAGUUAUGUUGCUACUGUUCCUCUCUGUGUACUGGCACUCUGUGCUUUGGUCAUUCCAGGGGGUACGUCAACCGAUGUCUUUUGAAUUAUUUAUUUCCUUUUGUAUUUAUUUUUAAAAAUUGGCACAUAAUAUGCAAGUUGUUUAUGGAGUUGUGUAUGCAAACUUAUGCUAUUCUACCAUUGAUUUAUUUUAUUUUAACAUACUAUGCAGUCAAUCGUGUGUAUCAGACACUUGUGAGCUGAGCGUGCAUCUGCGUGUAACACAAAUGUUACAUGGUUACUGUGAAUUUAUUUGAAAAAUAACAAUGAUGAAUCACAUCACAUGAUUAGACUGCAUCAUGUCUGUGUGGGUAAGGCUGGACUGGCCACAUAGAACUGGGCUUACUAAGGAUGCACAAUUGAGCCAGACUUCUGCAAUAUGUACACAAAUACUUUCUGGUUAUGGUUAUGUCUAUGUGUGUGUGUGUGUAUUAUAUAUAUAUAUAUAAUUUAUGUAUAUAAUAUUACGUGCAGACAUACACAUGUCCUUUUAUAUAGGAAAGAUACUGAACAAUUCGCAUGUAAUUAUGCAUCUUAGGGUAUACUGUACAGUCACAUCCUUCUUGACCAAAUGUUCUGGAAACUUUAUCUUAUUCUCUGUUGAUGACGGGAAUUUCGAGGGAUCAAAGGCUGGUGACCGGUAUUGGGCAUUUCAGGUCCAGAGGCUACAAACCCAGAGCAAGAUUUUGUUUUUACCAAUCAGUUGAGCAUAUAGAGUCACAGUCACAGAGUUACUCACCUGGUUGGGAUGAAGAAACGAGAAACAAAAUCUUGGUCUGGAUUUGUAGCUUCUAGGCCUGAAAUGCCCAACAUUGCUGGUGAUAUUCUAGGAUAACUGACUGGCCCACGAACUGGACGUGAAAACUGUUUGACAGCCAGCAGUCUGGUGAGCUACAUUUAAUGCUAAUGUGAGACUUGAUCCAAUGGUUUUUUUUUUUUGCUUUAUUUUUUUAAAUAACAGCCCUUGAGUCCAGCUAAACCCUGUAGGUGGUGAAAGCAAUAUCCAGUAACCAGCUACACACACCAUUUAAAUAAAUUAAAUGCUUAAUUGAUGAAUUAACAAGGUCUAAUGUGAUUUGAAGGAAAAUCUGUUGUGAAUACUCAGUUCUUUAGUAUGGUGUGUCCCUGUGUGGGUAUAGUUAUGCUGUAGAUACACACCUGUAUGUCACUUUAUCAGUAAAGUGUGAUGUGUUCCUCACAGAGCUUCUUCUCUGCUUCUCACACCUACAUUUGGGUGUUGCCAUGUGCUUCUUACCUGUAAUGGGUUUGUCAUCCACACAGUUACACCAUUGGCAGCACAGUACCAAUGGCCCCGACGGGGUGCUCCUCUGUUCGGCUAAAUUGUAAGUGUUCCUAGGUGGGUGUAUGUGUUUACAUGCCAGCUAGCUUAAGUCAGUUUGAACCCACUGCUGUAGGCCACGCCCCUCCCCAAGCCACACCCCAGUAAUUUCUCCCCAUGCCACUGACACCGCAGCCACAAGCAGCAUUCCCACCGCGGCAUCACUACGCUACGCAUUCCCUUCAUAUGUAAGUGCCUUAAACUGUGAAGCCACCGCGGCAUCGCCCGCGCCAUCGGGAACCCCACCCCCCAGUCAGUCGUGUUGUGUGCGAGGAGGCCGGAGCAGGGAAAGUCAGCCGAAUAGCAUCCUGGCCCAAAUCCUUCAAUUCUUUGGAGACGGAAGGAAAAUGUGUAACUUGUUUACCCCCCUUCCCCCCUCUUCCAUUAUGCUCACUGUGCCAGAUUUUUAUUUCCAAAGGUUUCCAUUCCAAAGUUCUCUAGGACGGAUGUUCUAAAGUGGCAUUGAUGAUGAAAGUCAAAGAAGUGGUUGUAGAGUAGGAUGCCCACUUGACCACACCCCGUGACACCGGCACCUUUAGGAAACAGAGAGGGUUUUCUUAUCAGUGUCAUCAGCACAAACCCAUCCGUGACCUUAAGCUUCCUCUCACUGCACGACUCUCUGCUGGUUAUCAAAGAUCACUUUAAAAAAGAUAAGAGCAUAUUUACGGCGAUUCUCCCCCCAGUCUUCUGUCAGGACGUGUCGUUGUUUUAGUUUUUUAAAGAAAUAUAUUUAAGUAUGUGCAGUAUCUUGUUUUGUACUGUAAAGUUGCUGUAGUUUAAAUGCAUACUGCACUUUUUUUUUACAUUUGUUAAAACAACGUACUGUAUGUGUUUAUUAUGGAAAUAAAAGAUUUUCAUUUUAUUGCUCACUUAA